AUGAAGUUGGUUAGAUUUUUGAUGAAAUUGAACAACGAGACAGUCUCUGUCGAAAUGAAGAAUGGCACAGUUGUUCACGGCACUAUCACAGGCGUUGAUAUGAGCAUGAAUACACACUUGAAGACAGUAAAGAUGACCGUCAAAAAUAGAGAUCCUGUCAGUUUAGAUACCUUGAGUAUCCGUGGUAACACUAUCCGUUGUGUUAUUUUGCCUGAUAGUCUGCCGUUAGAUACACUUUUGAUCGACGAUUCACCUAAAUCAAAAAAGAAGCAUGAUGAUGACGGUGCUGGUCGUGGUCGUGGAAGAGGCAUGUCGCGUGGACGUGGUGGACGUGGUGGCAGAGGCAGAGGUGGACGUUAA